GGUUGUCUGUCUGUGCAACGCCUUAACCGCGUGGAUAUUACGAAGUCAGAGAAAGAGAGAAAGAGGGGAGAGAAAGAGAGGGAGGGUGGGAGGAAGGAUGAGUGAGUGAGUGUCGGGUGAUUCCCUCCCCUCGCCAAAUAUCUGUCCAGGAGACGUUGACACUCCUUCAUAACCCCGCUCCUCCCGCGCCUCACGCAGAUGCCCAAAGCGCCGUGAGCACAGAAGUCUCCAAACCCCAGAAUUCUACUUACCGCACCGAACCCCAGUAGAUGACAGCAUAAAACAGCCUAGUGUUAAUUAUAGUUGUUUACAGUAAUUCAUCAAUAUAGCAGUAUGGUUUUCUUUCCUACACCUUAGUUUGCUUUUCCAAGAGACCUCUUUGUGCAAACUCUUUUAUACUCUAUGUGCACGUCCCCGUGGUUACUGCACAUCCCCAGCCGGUGUUGGUGAUGCCAUGCCCCGCAACCACAGUGGCGAUGAAGCUAGUUCUGGGCUCUGGUUGAAAACCUCUCCAGGGCGUCGGGCUCAGAACUAUAGGUUGAAAGAUGUGGAGUCUGGACGGAGGAUGAACAACGCUGUUCGAGUCGGAGACGGGAUGCUUUCACCAGGCGCGGCAGGUGCAGGGGGCGCGGAGAGGCGAAAGGGCGCCCGGUUGAGUUUGCUCGGGAAGCCGCUCAUCUACAGCGCGCAGAGCGGGCGCAGAAACGCGCACUACCGUCGUCUCCAGAAUUACCUCUAUAAUGUACUGGAGAGACCCAGGGCAUGGGCGUUCAUCUACCACGCCUUCGUGUUCAUCUUGGUGUUUGGCUGUCUGGUCCUGUCAGUGUUCUCCACAAUCCCUGCCCAUCAGGACCUGUCCAACCACUUUCUGCUCAUCCUGGAGUUUGUGAUGAUCGUGGUGUUUGGGCUGGAGUACAUCAUCAGGAUAUGGAGCGCAGGCUGCUGCAGUCGCUACAGAGGGUGGCAGGGACGCCUCCGCUUUGCCAGGAAACCCUUCUGUGUUAUAGACAUCAUUGUACUCAUAGCUUCCAUUGCUGUGGUGUCAGCGGGUAGCCAAGGUAACAUCUUUGCCACCUCAGCAUUGAGGAGCCUUCGCUUCCUGCAGAUCCUGCGAAUGGUGCGCAUGGACCGCAGAGGGGGCACCUGGAAACUACUGGGAUCUGUUGUCUACGCGCACAGUAAGGAGUUGGUAACAGCUUGGUACAUUGGGUUCCUGGUGCUUAUCUUCUCUUCGUUCCUGGUCUAUCUUGUGGAGAAGGAGUUCAACAAAGACUUUGCCACCUAUGCUGAUGCUCUGUGGUGGGGCACAAUCACUCUGACAACCAUCGGCUACGGAGACAAGACUCCUCAGACGUGGACAGGUCGUCUGAUCUCAGCUGGCUUUGCUCUGAUGGGCAUCUCCUUCUUCGCCCUGCCUGCCGGUAUCCUGGGCUCAGGCUUUGCCCUGAAGGUACAGGAGCAGCACAGACAAAAACACUUUGAGAAGAGGAGGAACCCAGCAGCCAGCCUCAUCCAGUGUGUCUGGCGUAGUUAUGCUGCUGAUGAGAACUCGGUUUCCAUAGCUACAUGGAAGCCUCAUUUGAAGGCGUUGCAUACCUGCAGUCCUGCAAAGAAAGAACAGGGUGAGACGAUUAGCAGUAAGGGUCAUAGUAAUAGGAGGCGCUUCAGAAGUACUAAGUUGAGCUUUAAGGAGCGGGUACGUAUGGCAAGCCCUCGCGGCCAGAGCAUGAAGAGCCGCCAGACGUCCAUCAACAAUGAUCGACGCUGUUCCCCGGGCAACAAUGUGGCGGGCGCUGAGACGCGCAGCAGCCCUGCCAAGGUGCAGAAGAGCUGGAGCUUCAAUGACCGCACCCGCUUUAGACCCUCCUUACGCCUUAAGAGCCAAUCACGCACCGCGCCCUCCGAAGUGGACACAGGAAUGGUGAAUGAUGACACGUUCGACGACAGGGGAUGCCACUGUGAUGUCACCAUGGAGGACAUAUCAGCUCCACUGAAGGCUGUCAUCAGAGCCGUCAGGAUCAUGAAGUUUCAUGUAGCAAAGAAGAAGUUUAAGGAGACUCUGCGUCCAUACGAUGUGAAGGAUGUGAUAGAGCAGUACUCUGCAGGACACCUGGAUAUGCUCUGCAGAAUCAAGAGUCUACAGACUAGACUGGACACUGGAGUGGGCCACACCCUGAGCAGCAAACCCAGGAACAUGUCCUCCCCCUCCCUGCACUUAUAUUACAGCCAGGCCAGGAGGAAGUCCGCCCCAGGGAUGAAGUCCCCAGGGGUGGAUCAGAUACUGGGUAAGGGCCAGAUCUCCAUGGACAAAAGGAUCAGGGACAAGCUUCACCCUGAUGGGGACACACUGGAGGACAUGAGUAUGCUGGGACGUGUGUGUAAAGUGCAGAGACAGGUGACGUCCAUAGAGUCAAAGCUGGACUCUCUGCUAGAUGUGUACAGGCAGGGCUCGUCUGCCCUCACCCUCUCCUCCCUGCCCCUUUUCGAGUUGGAGCACCAGACAUCCGACUACCAGAGCUCCAUCCUCAGCAAGGACCUGUCCUCUGGCUCCCCCCUGGGAGGGGAAUGUGUAAGAGGGCAUCCAGGUGAGGGGGGUGGGGGUAUGUCCCGAUCAACAACAGGUGACCAUCUCUCCAGGGGCCUCCAGCUCAUACUGGCCCCCAGCGAGCUCACCCUCAACACCUGCCCCCCCUCCUACCCUGCCUCCACCGCAUCCCUCACACCCUUGCCCUUCCUGCCCCCUGAUAGCACCUACCCGCUCCUCGCCACCCCCAGUAGUUUCCCCAAGCGAGCUCAUUUCCCUAACCUCCUGCCCCCUCCACCAUCCGCUGGUGCCGCCACCAUCCAGCUGCCCACCACUGGCCCCCAGCACAGGCGACCCCUCUGCCCCACCCCGGAUGCUCCUCGAAGGGGUAGGCUGGAGGAGAGCUCAGGCCCCUCUGUGAUGGUGGGCUCCAGGGUGGACAAUGGAGAGGAGGACAGAGAGAGGGAACAUGCCCAGAGCAGGGUGCAGCUGAGGGGGAAGCCCCACUUGAGGGAAGAAGGCCCCUGGAGGAGGCACUUGAGCCUGGAGGUGGACCCCUUGCUGCUGUUCUCCUCUGGAUGUGAGGGGGUACCCUCUGAGCGGGGACAGGGACAGGGGCUGGGGAAGUCCUGGUCAGCACACAACCUUACCCAGCCAUCUGCAGACAACCCCCCCAACCUGUCCUCCCCCCUCGGCAACCGUAGCAGUUCCAGUGAUGGCUCCCAUGGCAACCCCGACGUUAGCAACUGGCGUGAGAAAGACCUUUUCAUCACUGUCUGUGACCUGGAGCCGCAGAUGGACCAGUUUGAUUUCCUGUCCCAGGAGAGUGGCUUCCUGUCCCAUCCCACAGCAGACGGUACUGGCUGCUUGGACCUCUUGAUGACUGAAGAUGGGGGGUCCUCAAGCAGUUUGAUCAGACCCCACAUCCCCACAAUGGACAGUGCAGAGUCCCUCAACCAGCCUCCCCAUGUACGACUAAAAUAACUAUUCCAUAGGAGUGAAUAAAAUAACCCCUUCCCCCCAACACACACAUUACUAAUACGGCCAUCCAGCAUAGAGGAUUCACUGGACAAAAAAAAAAAGAUUUGAAACUGUUGAUUAUAACUCUGUUUUUAAGAUGUUUGAGAUGUCAACAAAAGAUGUCCUCUCGUGCAUAUCAUUGCAUGGACUAUUUCCUAAAACAGCAACAAGCUGAGAAACUAACAGGGGAAGGGGAGAUCGAACAAAAGAGAGGUUAGUCAGAUAGUGAUACUGUUUGAUCUCUCGACUAUGCAUGACCACCGCAUGUCUAAACCGCACUUUAGGGUCGAGAGCAUUCAAGCCCCCGAGCCUCUUCGAUAGCCUUGGAACCACAGAUAUGAUGGCUGAGUCCAACCUCAUAAGCCCACAUCUCACCUGUUUACCUGCAUGUUCCAUUCGUGUAUCUUCCAAACCCUUGAGAGGCAAUUUGGAGCAGUCAGCUAUUAUUACCCAAGUAUACCUAACACGCUCACCAUUUAGUAAUAGAUAAUACAAUCAUUCAUUUGAUAUUAACAUAAGAAGAUAACCCUAAUGAAGUAUAUUUGUAAAUUAUUUUCCUAAUAAAUUAUACAAUCUUGUGAGGCCAUUUGAUUUUCAACAAAUCCAAUUUGCUGAUUGCGUGCUCCAGUAGGAUUCAUUGUUUUUGACUUUUAAAGGCAUUUAGUGAAAGACAAACAGCAGCCAAAUAAGAUCAGUUAUGACUGUGAUACAGUAGAUAGUGAAACAAGGCUGUGGUACACUGCAGUUGUAGGUCACAAUAAACACUACAGAAUGCAGGGUUUCUUGUCUUACAGCUCAUGUGUACCACUCCCUUGUGGUACACAGGCAGCAGCACUGUUUGACUGCCACUCAGCCUGAACACAGAUGCCUGCUCUUGAAUGAGAAUAUGCACAAAAUUGUGUCAGCCAUUUUGAUUUCCUCUAUUUUGCACCUUUUUGUUCUUGAAGAAGAGACAGACACAACAGUCUUAAAUGUCUUCUGUCGAGUUAACGAUGACAGCUUCCAUUCAACACAUUUGUUUUUAUGGUGCAUAAGUGCACUUGGCUUAGCUGAUUAACAAUUACACUGUAGAAUGCAAUAUGUACAGAUAACUGACAAAAUAAAGAAAACACUUGAGUAAAUUAGCGAUUCAACGUAUAUUGAAAGCAGGCACUUUCACACAGGUGUGGUUCCUGAGUUAAUUAACAUCCCAUCAUGCUUAGGGUCAUGUAUAAAAAGGUCCAGUUGCCCAUUAUUUUGGCUGCCAUGGCUAGAAGAUCUCAGUGACUUUGAAAGAGGGGUCUCAAAGUAGCAGAAGUUGUUUAUUAAAGGGUGUGUGUGUUUGUGCGCACAUGAAAAAAUACUAUAGUAUACUCUGGUAUAAAUACUAUAGUAUUCACUGUAGUGUUUUUGCAGACUUCACUGUAGUAUUUACUGUUAACUAUAGUGUAAAUACUGUAGAGAAAAACUGUAGUAUAUACUAUAGUAUUUACUGUAGUGUUUUUGCGGAUUGUAAUAUACUGUAGUAUUUACUGUAGUGUUUUUGCUGACAUUACUGUAGUAUUUACUAUAGUGUUAUUGUAUUAUAAUCUUUGACAUAGAAGUGAAGGCUUCAUCCUUCAAGAAACCUUCUGGAGAACUAAUAAAAGAGCACAUUUUGCAUAACCUGUAGGUAGAUAGGACUGGGGUCUGAACAGAUAGUUCAGAGCUUCUGCUCUUUUCUAUAGCCUGUAAGGAACACAAUAUAUGGUCUAUACUUGGCAUGUAGGUUUCUCACUUAUGGGUGGCACAAAUUGCAAUAUCGAGUAGGGGAAUGGUCAGGGUAUAUACAAAUGAAAUACUAUAGUAUUUACUAUAGUUUAAAAAAAAUGUGUUUUUGCAGACAUUACUGUAGUAUUUACUGCUGUUUUUUGUCGGGAUAAUACUGUAGUAUUUACUAUAGUAUUCUACAGUAUACUACAACAUUCUAUAGUAAGUACUACACAUGAUCGAGGGAUACUACAUUUUGUAGUAUAAUAUUCUUAUAAUAUUUAUUAUUUUCUAUAGUAAGUACUGUAUUAUUCUAUAGUAAACUGUAGUAUAUUUUCGUGUGUGUGUGUCUCUCUCAAUCAACAGAUCUCAACCCAAUUAACCCUUAUGGGGGAUUCUGAAACACGAGGCCUGAGACAGCGUUUUCCACCACCAUCAACAAAACACCAAAUUAUAGUGUUCCAGACAUUAGAAUCUAUUUCAAGGUACAUUGAAGCUGUUCUGGCAGCUCAUGGUGGCCCAAUGCCCUAUUAAGACACUUUAUGUUGGUGUUUCCUUUAUUUUGGCAGUUACCUGUAUAUCAUUUAUGUUAAUACAGUAUGUGACCUGCAAAAUCUACAUAGCUGUGUGUUAAAAAGGGAUAUUAUAUGACUAUGGCCGCAGUGUUUGAGCGGAGUUGGUACGAUAAAUGCGCAACUGAAAGCACAAUCGUUUGGAGACUUUGGAACCUGCAUAUGUAACUGGUGGUUUUAUGCUCUGUAAUUAAAUGUUUUUCAGAUACAUUAUCAAAACAAUGUGACAGACAGGAGGUACUUGUAGAGUUCAGCUCCAUUGGAAGAAGGCUGAGUAUCAAAUCCACUUAGUUAACUAUAGAGUAUGGAGUCUUCCUUUGAAGAAAUGUCAUGCUUGGUCUGCAGACUGAAGUUAUAUAAAAUUGACUGGUUAAUUAAUGGUUAAUUUCCCUUAGUUUAUUCUGUAAAUGCUUAACAGUGCCUUUCUUGCAUUUUAAUAUGAUUAUAUCUAUUUUUUCUCCACUGGGCUGCAUGUGUAGCUCAGUGCCUAGCUACGUAGAAUAACUCAUACAGGUGUAAGCUCAGUUUCUGAAACUUGGAUAACACACUUUUAAUGGCUGCAAAUCUACUACAGUACAUGUUCUAUAUCACUUGUACUGUCAUUUAUUAUCCAAAACAAGCCUAAAAGGGCAAUUCCACCACUUUUCAACCUUAUUUUCAUUAUCUCCAGCACAAUUACAGUGUCUUCAUAUGUGAAAACGGCGCAUUUGUAGAAAAAAUAUAUAAAGUGAAAAAGUUCUACGUGAACAUUAAAAAAUAAACAUUUAUUUAACAGUGAUUCCCUAACACUAUGAGACUUGUGGGGAUGUGGGGAGCAAGAAAAUACCCUCCCUCUGGCUAGAAACUCAUUGCAGGUUUUGAAAAUCACACUUUUCUUUACUUUUAAUACUUUGGAGGAUAUAUUGGCAUUUACAACACCAGUGCCAAUAUAUCCUCCAAACACCGGGCAUUAUUACUUAAACAGAGUACGCAUUCAAGAAGUGCUCUCAGUCCUCCGUUUCACAUACUUUGAUUUUGGCUCAUACUCUGACCCUCCCAUGCUCCAAUUUGCGUGCUCGGAGCACAGUUGUAUGCAUUUUGAGAAACACCCUGAGUGUACAAAACAUUAGGAACACCUGUUCUUUCCAUGACAUAGACUGACCAGGUGGAUCCAGGUGAAAGCUAUGAUCCCUUAUUGAUGUCACCUUUUAAAUAUAUUUAAAUCAGUGUAAAUGAAGGGGAGAAGACAGGAUAAUUGUAAAGAGUGAUUUUUAAGCCUUCAGUCAAUUGAGACAUGGAUUGUGUAUGUGUACCAUUCAGAGGGUGAAUCGGCAAGACAAAAGAUUUAAGUGCCUUUGAACGGGGUAUGGUAGUAGGUGGCAGGCGCACCGGUUUGAGUGUGCCAAGAACUGCAAUGCUGCAGGGUUUUUCACGCUCAACAGUUUCCCAUGUGUAUCAAGAAUGGUCCACCACCCAAUAGACAUCCAGUCAACUUGACACAACUGUGGGAAGCAUUGGAGUCAACACGGGCCAGCAUCAUGUGGGACGAUUUCGACACAGUGUAGAGUCCAUGCCCCUACCAAUUGAGGCUGUUCUGAAGGCAAAGGGGGGUGGAACUCAAUAUUAGGAAGGUGUUUCUAAUGUUUUGUACAUUCCGUGUAUGUAGAUACUGUUUUGGUGCUGGAGAUAAUGAAUACGGCAGAAUUGCCCUUGAAAAUACAUGGUUGAUAAUGUUAACAUUCCUAAUUAUUUCAAAUUAAUGUAUUAAAGUGCACAUAACAGAGGUUACAAGAUCUCUGUGGAGGAGAAAUACAAAAUGAAUUGUAAUAUUAUACAUCAAUAAACUACAAACAUGAAAGUA